GUCCGGAUGUCGACAUACUACACGGCGAUAUGAUCGUGUUCAAGUGCGACUUCUCCCAAAACCGCGGCGUUAGGGCUGUAUGGAACGAUAUAGACAGGGCAAGAACUGAGGUCGAGUAUCCACCUAGUCAAGUGAACAAGUCGGACAUAUUGUGCAGGAAAAAUGACACUAAUUUCGUCUUGACAUGCGAGUCCGAUAACGUCACAAGGGCCACGUGCUCCAAUAAUGGGAAGAUAACUCUGAAACUGAAAACCACAACAGGAUUUGAACCGUAUUCUACGUCGUUCGCGAUGAAUUUGCAAGAGAAGAGUAUCAGAGCGUCAUCGCCGAUUGCAAAUAACGUGUCUGAAUCCACCGUAUUCAGCGUAAGGUGUAGUGUGAGCGGGGUUUGCAAGUCAUACAAGAUGCAUAUCUACGCGUAUGAGACAUACACCAAGAAAACCAGAAUUGACGGAUCUAAGUUCAACUGUGAAAGUUCUUUCAAUAAUACUAACGGCCAUACGCUCGCAUGUAACGACGAAAUUAAGGGCGACGACAUUCGUAAAGGCAAAACAAAAAUCACGUGCGCCUUGGUGGAUGGUAUGAAUGAAUCAACAGAACAAGAGACGGAGAUUCAGUUUCCCAAAUGUUGCGAAAAGAAAAACAAGUCAGAUCCAAACUGCACAUGUCCUUACUGCAACACAGACAAAUGGUGUCGCGCAUACUCAAAGGCACUUAUCACGGACACGAAUUCAACGUUAAAAUGUGACACCAACUGUUGAUGCAUCUUCGAUAUGAACGACAUGCACUUUACACGAACUUGUAAACUGUUUGCUUCUUUAUGGAUCAGCAUUAAAUUACAUUGCUCAUUUAUGUAUGUAUGUUUGUUAUUCAAUCUUUGAACAUUGUGUAUGUUUAUUAACAUUUCGUCCCUAAAAUUCAGUAUCUGCCAAGCUGUGGGUGAUCCUUUUGUACGUGUGACUACCAAAAAUUAAUUAUUUAUUUUUCAACUAUUUUUAUUUCCAUAUGUUAUUUGUCUUUGUACUUUGUCUUGUAAAAAGGUACUUUUAUCGUGGGAGCUUUAUGUAAAAAUUAUUUAAAUAAUGUUUUAGUUUAAAUAAAGCUUUUAGACGCACAAUUUGAAAUUAUCGUCGGAAUACGAUUGUAAAUGUUCUUUUCGUAUUGUGUUUGUCUCAUUAGACUGUCAUUUCUGGUCACACAACUUUACAUGGUACAUCAUAAUAUAUCGAUAAUUAAUGUACUGUCGCUAUGUGUAAUGGAGAUAAUUCUAUCUAGAAAGUUUCAAGUUUGAAUGUUGUUUGACUGUUAUAUUAUUCUAUUUCAAUAAUCAGCGUAACUUGUGAAAUUCGUGUGUACUAAAAUAUAGCAAAUAACGUCCAAUCAUUUGAUUAAGAAAGUGUAAGUUAUGGUAUUUGUAAGUUUUACUAAGUGUAAAUCAGAAAAGUUGAUAAAGGAAAGCAAUACAUAAAUAUAAAGAGAUAAAGCUUGUCUUCAAGAACGCAUAUAAAGUUUGUUCCUAUAACGUUAGUAAUGCACUAAUCAGAUGGAGGCAGUGUAGCGGCCGCGACAUUUGUUUUUGUUUUUGGUGUUAGUCGGUAGCGCUUAUAAGCACAUUUAGCAAAUUGAAAACAACAACAGAUUUUUCAUAUAAAUGUUAUGUUGAAACCAAUAGCAUUAAUCAUGUGCAUCGAACAUGUGCAAUAUGUAUGACUCUAUAAUCCUUACCUUAUUUACAUGAUUGUUUAUACUGUGAAGCUUUUGUGAAAUCAUUGAGCCCAUAAAAAGUUGUCAUAAACCAAUUAUUGCAAUUCUAAUAUUUUUCGCAUUAUGUAGCUUUUUUAUUUUGUGACUGUUUUAUUGUAUACAUAUUGGUUGAUGCUGUGACAUUUGGUCGUUAAGUCAUAUGUGGGUUUAUGUUAAUAGUUGACUUGUACUUUUAACAGAUGUGAUGUGUUUUGUUGGUGUGACAGGAUGGGGGUCUUUGUGCCGCAGGUUGUGUGUGUUAUUUCUUUAGACAAUAUUGACUAAUUACAAUUUUAAUGUUAACAUAUUUAUUUUGCAAUGACUAACAAACAUUUCAAUGCGAUCGAGGAAUGCUUAAUACAAAUAAAUAAAUGGCAUAUUUAAAAAAUAAAUAAUAUUAUAGAUACAAUGUGUGUAUACAAAAUUAGUUAUAUUUACUCUUAUAUCAUGCAGAAAAAUGUCUCCAUGUGUCGUUCGAUAUAAUCUUAACAGAUCAGUGGGAUUUCCCAACAGUGUUUUAUUUACAUUCAUAAAUUUUGAACUGUUCAAAAUAAAAAUCUUUGCAAUUGUAUAAAACUGUACAAUCGUUUUGUGAUACUUCUUUUUAUGAAUUUUUCAUCUUUAAUUAACAAGAUUUGUAUACAUUUAGAUUUUUUUUAAAGAGAUAUUGUAUAUAUCUUAAAGAACAUUAGAGGCAUUAGAAAUUUGAAUUUGAAAAUUCUCGUAAAGUAGAUGAGUUUGAAUGAAUAGUCCAAUAUGAAUAACCAAAGGAGUCAAUAUAUCGAACACUACGUUUAUGACGUAAUUAGAAGAACUGAAAGUUUAUAGCAGGUAUUUGUAGAGGGUAGUACAUUUACGAAUGUAUUGUCAAAACGAUAAUUCACAACUGUUUGGCGUCUUGAAAAAAUAAGAGUAAGGUCAAGUUUGUACCGCAAAGAAUCUUUAACAAACAAUUUAAGCAAACAGAAACGUGUGCACUUUGGUGAUUGUAUUGUCAGUUUUGCCAUCACACCGACCGUCCAUUAGUGUGUGUAUACUUGAAGCUUAUAAUUAAUUUUACCGAAUAAUAUUGACCUUGACCUUAUGUUUAAUUCUUAAUUGGAAUUAUUCAAAAUAUUUCCUCUUGGUGAACUAUAUUUUGAUUUUGAUUUUUUUGCAAUCUGUAAUUACGUUUUGCAUAGUUCGUAAAUGCUACCACAGUUAAUUGGUUAUAACAAUAUUAACCUAUUAUAUCAUAUCUACC